AUUCUUAUAGUACUUUUGUGCGAGUAUAAAUACAAUUAUAAUAUUUCAACAUUGAUUUUAAUUAUUAGUACAAUGUAAUUCUAUUUAUAAUUUUGAUUCUAUUUUACUUUAAUUUUAUUUCAUAUUAAAUAAAUGAUUAGAUCAUAGAUGUUUGCACAAAACUACUACUGAAACAGAGCUCGUCCGACUCGCCGAGUAGAAACUCAGACAACGCGACCCGUGCAUUCGGGCAUAUUGGAAAAUAAACCUCAGCAGACGGUGCCCUCUUCCGUCGCGCUCUCAUCUUUCUACCAUUCUACAGGAAAGGAGAGAGACAGUGUCUGUGUCUCUUGAUGGGUUAUUCAAAAGAACAGUUGCUUGCGCGUUUAAAGGAGCUUCAAAUUGAUUUUGCCCAGUAUGAGCACCCUGUCGUUCUGACAGUCGAAGCUCAGGCAAAAUAUGUUGGGCAUUUGGGAGGUGGUUUGUGUAAAAACUUAUUCUUGAAGGACAAGAAACCAAGGUUUUAUAUUGUUUCUGCUCUAGCAGGCACUAAAGUGGAUCUGAAAGUUCUGUCCCAAAGGCUUGGUUUGGGAAAGGGAGGCUUGAGAAUGGCUCCCGAAGAAGCACUAGAAGCAAUCCUUCAAGUGCCACUUGGAUGUGUCACUCCUUUUGCACUAGUGAAUGAAUCAGCACAACAUGUCUCAUUGCUGUUGGAUCAAGGACUUAAAACUCAGGGAUGCUGCUUCUUCCACCCACUGUCUAAUGAUGUUUCAAUAUCUCUUAGUGCCUGUGAUCUUGACAAGUUUUUGAAAUCAAUAGGGAGAGACCCCUCAUAUGUUGACCUUGAGGCUAACCCAGCAGUAGGGAAGGAUCAACCUCCUGAUCUAGCUACUUUUGUUCUGUCUGGAGCUGCAGCCUUGCCAGAUCCUUCAGAAAAGGCAGCAUCCCUGCAAGGUCAUCCCAACAAUCAUGUUACUGAAGAUAGUAAGUCCACGGUUGUUACAGCAAAAGCUGUUAAGCAAUCUAAUAAUGCACAUAUUCCCAAGGAGAAGCCUGCUAAUUCUGUUCAACGGAUGAGCUCUUUCGCUGAUACUGCAAAAUUUGUGGAAGAAAUUCUGGAUAAAAUGUCGGCAGUAGCACUUUCAGAGAUCACAGAUGAUAAUAUCAAACAACAUGGAGGACAGCUUGGGUUUGUGGUCUCAAAUAGUAUCAAAAAGCGGCUUAGCUUGGAGCUGGAGAGCCUUGCUACUAUAUUAAAGAAUACAGCUUAUGCGGAAGGUUUUCAUGCUGGUUCUCAUAACCAAAUGAAGCAUAGGUGAACAGAAAAUUGCUUGCUCAUGAUGGUUGUUCUCUGCUUAGAAAAAUGAAAAUGCGUUUUUUAUAAAAAAUAAAUAAAUCAAUAUAUCGAUUGUCUAGAAAAUUGAUUAAAGCAUAUGAAAAGUUCCCACACAAUUACCUAUAGAUCUUUAUCUUUACCUGUUUUUUUUUCUCUUUUUUGUGUUUUAAUGUGUUCGAUGUGAUUUAAUGCUUUUAAGAUUUAAUGAAAAUUUUGACUUUUAUGUA